AUGUACCCGUCUCAUGAAGCACAGACACGCCCACAAUCUCCUUCCACAGUGGACGCUUCACCUGGCCAUCAAGACAAUGCCAUUCCCAUCACCAUCCAGACUGUUUGUGAUGCUCUUCGGAUAUCAAGAGCAACAUACGAUGUGUUGAUGGAGUCCUACUUCACCAACAUGACAUCAUUCACCCUGUUCCGGCCAGGAAGUAUUGAAGCCAAGUUCGCCAUGAUGCAGUUUCACUCGGACGCCGAAGCGCUGAUAGCUGCCAUGUUCUCCUUCUCCACCAGACAUUGCCAAGAUCGUGAGGACUGCCCAAGUCCGACCUACUUUGCAAAGAUUGCCUACUCGAAGCUGGACGAAUCAGUCGAUAGUUAUGGCGACAAUCCCCCGCCAUUCUGGCUUCUACAAGCAGGUGUUCUUGUCACCUUUUACCAACUCACCAUGAGCGUCCGCUCUCGGUCGUGGAAGAAGCUUGGUGACUGCAUCAGAUAUUCGUACGACUUGCACCUGCACAUGGUUGAUGCAAACCAUGACCCAGUCAAAGACAAGAACCCGGUCAACAUCCAACGCUGGUCGUUGAUGGAAGAACGGAGAAGAGCUUGGUGGGCUGUCUGGGAAAUGGACGUCUUUGCCAGCACUAUUCGACGACUGCCGACGGCCAUAGACCCUGAGAUGAACCUCACCAUGCUCCCAGUGCCAGACAGUUGUUGGUUCAAUGACGUAUACCAGGAAAGCUGCUUUCUUGCUCAGGACUGCAGUCUCAGGUGGAAGCAACUUGCCCAGUCAGGCAACCAGAGCGCCAAGGCCUGGUUCAUAGUGAUGAACUCUUUGAUGCGCAACACACAGCGCAUCGUGUAUCCAGUGGGAUCGGCUCUGCAGUCGAUGAACGAAAACCACAUGGAAACCAACCAAGACGAACUCAACAUCAUGGCCAACACCCUCUACUGCACCGUCACUUCUUUUCCGACCAGUCUCGUCUACCAGGGGGAGACUCUUGACUUUCGACCAAAAGCUUCGGCUCAAAGCAGUCCCGAUGGCAUCAACCCAAGACAGGAACAUGCCGACAAGUAUUCCCUCCACCUGAUGACGCAGCUCUGUCGGUUCAUGAUCUAUCAUCACAAGAUCUGUGCUCGAACACCGUGGCUGGCCCACCAAAAGGGUUCCAAUGAUGGCGGGCAGGGAGAAGGAAACAACGACCCACGAGAUGCUCAGCAAGCCAACUCUGAGUGGUCCAACUACAUCAACGCCUCGGAUGAGAUCGUCACCGUGGUCCGCAACAGCUCCCGGGACCACUACAAAUUCGUCAACCCUUUCCUCGUCAACACUCUCUGGUUUGGAGCCGCGGCACAAUGUGCCUGCAAAGUCUUUGGACCCGCAUCGUUCAACAAACGGCUCACGAUCUCCAACCUUGACCUUUUGAAACUUACCAUUGACCGUUACAUUUCCUUCUGGGGGGGCAUGGAGAACCUCAAGGGGAAAUUGGCUCGGAUUGAGACAGCCCUGCAGAGUCUGAUGGCUGGGCAUGGGAGACCGAACGAGCAUCCGCAGGAUAGGCGCCAACAACAACAACCACUGUCACACAUCCAGGGGAGCAAUGGUGCCAGUAUUAAUGACCUGGCUACGGUGGCCAUGCAAAGACUUCCUGGUGUUACUGGUGAUGCUGCCGUGUCAUCAUCGCCACUCCUCGUCAACAUACCCGGUAUUGGUCCCCCACAACCACCACCAAACCCAUGGUCAACAUUUGGACCGACGGACGUCUGCGGUGACUUUAUCCAUCCGGGGAAUUUCACAACAGGGUUGACUCCAGGCGGCCCCAACUUUUACGGUCACGGGGACCCGAUGGACUUUUCACCGUUUGGGCUGGAGGAGCUGCUGAUGGCGAGCAUGAUGAUGGAUACGUAG